UUAAUUGGCCAGAUACUUCCGGAGCAGUUGAAUGUCCCGUAGCCGAUUUAACUGUCAAAAUAUGCGGAAGGAGGAAAGAGAUGGACCGAGAUUUAUUUUCCGAUAUUCGGAAUUUCGGACGAGAUCAUCUUAGAAGGAGUGAAACUCGAGUGACGACGGAAGACGGUCGAGUAUGGACAGAAAAACAAGUAGGCAGCGAAUAUUGCGCGGAAUUUAAGGGAUACACGUGGGGUUACGUGGUAGACGAGAAACCCGACCUGCAAGUUGCGGUCGUCCUUCCUGGAUUAAUCUUAGCAUCUCAAGAUGUGGCUCAAGAUUUGAACAUACUGAAAAGUAACAAUAUCACUCAUAUAUUAAAUUUAGCAUAUGGACAACCAAAUCAGUUUUGCAGUUAUUUUGUUUAUAAAAAGUUAAAUGUCAGGGAUGAUCCAGAAGAGAAUAUAAAGCUGUAUUUUGAAGAAUGCUUUAAUUUUAUAGAUGCUGGUCUUCAAAAUGGUUGUACUUUAGUUCAUUGUAAUGCUGGAGUAUCCAGAGCAGCAACAAUUGUCAUUGGAUAUUUAAUGAAUCGUCAAAAGAUGACACUUAAAGAGGCAUGUCAACAUGUAAAAAAUGCCAGAUCUUCCAUUAAGCCAAACAAUGGUUUUAUGAAACAGUUGAAAGAAUAUGAAACAGAAUUGUAUAGUAAUGUAUUAAAUAAUAAAGAAUUGAAAAACUGAUAAAUUUGU